GGGGUGUGGUGGACACAGUGGUACCCAGCAUCACUGUGUUUCUGAACAGGGAAGAGUAGCGCUGGAGGCCAGUACCAGUUGCUGUACGGUUACACGUACACAUGGUCGGUCAAGGCUUCUUUGGACUGGGACUUGAUCAAGGAUAUAUUAUCGAUUGGGAUCGGCGGUCUGGUAGAGAAAUCUAUUAGUAAGUCAUCGACAUGGACGUGUAACGUGAGCGCCGGUUCGGUAGUGCAGGUCUGGACUCAACACGCAAUUACGUGGUUUGAUGCGCAGGUCCAAGGGUGCACGCACACUGCCGGAUCACCCGUCCACUGCGGGGCUUACAGUGCUUAUAUACAUGGCAACGCUCCAAUUAAGGAUGGUUGGGCGACACAGACCGGGUGCAGUACCGACGGCAGCGUUAAUUGUAACUACCAGUGGCAUUGAGAUUGCUUGGUAGAUGACCUCGACAGAACAUCAUAUCAACAUCGGUGACAGCUGGUCUGCCCGAG